AAUGAUUUCAGCGAUAAGUUCAAUGAUACCACAAUAGAUGCUAAUAAUAACUGCGAGGAACUGGCUGUCGGUGUGAGUGAUGUCCACUUUGAGUAUAAAACAAAUGUUAAAAUACUCGAUAAUCUCACGGUUCAGAUACCAAAGGGAAAAAUAUUUGCUCUGUUGGGUCCAAACGGCACCGGGAAGACCACAUUAAUACGUGUCAUAUUAGGCCGACUCAAACCAACACAUGGAUCAAUACGGGUAUUUGGGGCACAACCCGGUACUAAAGGGUCUGCCAUUCCGGGUGCGGGCGUGGGAUAUAUGCCUCAAGAGUUGGCACUUUUUGAUGAGUUCACUAUCAAUGAAAUUCUCAUUUAUUACGGAAUGUUAUAUCAUAUAAAACGCGAGGAACUGAUGAACAGAAUCGCGAAUUUGAGAGAAUUAUUACAUUUGCCGGAAAAGUCACGGAUUAUCAGUCGGUUAAGCGGUGGUCAACAGCGCCGGGUGUCGAUCGCCAUAACUAUGAUUCACAGACCGAGACUUAUUAUACUGGAUGAGCCCACUGUGGGGGUCGAC